GGCAAUCAUGGCGGAAAUUUUGAAGUAUUUAGCUAAACUUCCUACGCCUUUGACCGCUGUUACCUUGAUCGUCGGCGAUGAAGGAGCGGGCACACUUGAACUCGCAAACCUGCUGCUGCAGCAAAUAACUGAUUAUCAUCUUAGAGUUCACACGGCAACUCGACUGCCUCUGCCAGAAGAUGGCGCUGCCUCCCGACCCAACUUCGACUUUGUAAUUUUCCUCUUAGAUAUUACCAGAAUGGAAAGUUUUAAGCAGACAGAAGAGGCGUUGCAGUAUGUGGAUGUGGCUUACUUUCAUGGAAGGUCCUGUCUGAUCGUCAAUGGAGCGAAGAAACCUGAUCGAUGGGCCAACGACUACAGCAUCGUUGAGGAGCUAGCAAAUGCAUACAACCUGCAGAUCAUCUGUUGUCAAUUGGAGGACGAGGAAGACGGCGCGGUGGUGAGAAGGAGACUGACGGCACCCGCCAUAUAGAGACGAGCGCGGGACUGCGACCGGGAGCGACCGCCGUCAUGUUCCACUGUCCCGCAGAGAACCCCGCGCUGCUGUGACGCGGCGUGACGACGCGGUGACGGCGCGGUGACGCGCUGCCCUAGUGAACGUGGCCGUUGACACCGGCAAGCGCGACACGGACGCUCGCUGGUGGGACAUGAUUGUCACCACUCGCAAGUGACACAGAAGAUGGCAUGGCAGGUGCGCCGGAAGAGGCAUGACGACACCAGUGCACACUGGCAAGUGACGUGGAGGCAAUACGGCGCAGCGUUACGCGGCAAGUGAUGCGGAGGUCGCAGCAUGACACGGGUAGUGACGCGAA